AUGUCUGAGUCUGUAACUGUAGGAACAUCGCAGUCUUCAACCUCACACUCACCGUCGGCGGUGGAGAUCUGGAAGUGGACGUUAACCAGCGAUGCAGUCGCCUCGUGCUUCGUGAAAGAUGUGUUUGAUAUGCGAGAUAGUGGAGUCAAAGAUGCCGAAUUUUUCUGGCUGGGACGUGUACCGUGUCGCACCGUUCGCAUCAUUGGGAUCCUGGUUGGCGUGCAGAUAUACGAACAACGCACUGUUUAUUCCCUGGAUGACGGAUCGGCCGUCAUUGAAUGCGUGCAACGCCAUUCUGGGCCGAAUGUCGCCAGUCCGAUGAAAUCGGUUACGAGCUGCUGUGAUUCACCACUCAAUGCUCUACCUCCCAAGCCGCCAAAACCCGUGGCGCAAGUUGGCAAGUCCGUAUGCAUCGUGGGCCGUGUCACCAGACACUUCGAGUCCCGGAAGAUUCUGGUUGAUAGCAUAGUGCCUUGUGCUGCAGCAAACGACGAACCUAAGCACUGGCUCGCCGUUCUCGACCUCCACAGUUCGUACUACUUCGCAUCGCACCUACCAGCAUUCACCGUUCCCGCUUCCACCGCCCAACGCCCCCAUGCUCCGAAAACAUACACCUUGGCCGUCGACGCUGACGAUAGCCGGAAGACUCCGAAGAAGCCUCAGUGUCAGACAGGCCGACACAAUCACGAGAGGGACGCUGUUCAGCCAGAGGCGCGAGAUAUACCCACUCCGAUGUCUAUUGCGUCGUCCGUGGCUGGCUCUUCGCCGUCAAGCUCCUCCACGUCAUCGCCAGUGAAACCAGGACAGUCGCCGCCUCGUCUGCGCCAUCCCUCACGCCUGCACACCCGCGACCUCACAGCAAACACCUUCCGCAUAUACAUCAAGCACUACAUGGACCACGCUCCGCCACCGACCGGGCGCUCCCAUUUCGCUUCCACGUCGUCAUCGCGCUCUCCGUCGCCUUGCCCCCCACCACGCAAGGGCAAGGCAAGGGUUGACAUGCUCACAUCUGUCUACAGCGUGGAUGUGCUAGACACGCCAACGAAACGUCCUCGCUACGACACUGUACGCAGGCGUGAGAUACAGAUCGGUCUGCUAGGAGAUGCCACACCGCGUCCCUCGAGGAACACGAAGUACUCACUGCAUGCCGAAAGCGGGGGAGCAGGGGAGCAGACACCCCGACCACCCCUGUUACCCGACAUGUUUGGUAAUGAGCACAUGCCUGACGACGACGACGAAGAAAACACAGAAUACUCUUGCAAUACCACCUACGGCGUGACGCUCUCCCACCUCCGUCGCGUUCCCGAGCUCGCCCAACUCGCGUAUCGCGUGGUGGACGCAGAAGGCCGGCGGCGCGCACGCGAGGAACGCAAGCGGGCGGAAGCGGGGAGCAUGCAAGACAGAGACCACGCACGGGAGGGCGCACGCCAGCGCGAGAAAGAGCCGAAGGGGCCGAAGAUGAGGCGGCUCUUCCGUUUUGCGAUACGCCAGCUGUACGAGGAGGGCAGCAUCGUCCUGUGGGACGGGCCUGUGCGACCUCUGCCCUCUGAUCUGGUGUCGCUGUCCAGUGGACUUGGCCCUGCUGGGAUGGAUGCGCUUUGGCGCACCAAUGCCAGCACUUCGAUUGUGGCGACGUCGAAUGUUACAGUGCGUAGUUCCGUGGCUCGGGGAUGGCAUGAAGACGAAACCGAAGAACCAAGUGAUCCCCCGCCCGGCGAGGAGGCGUACAUCUCACUUACACCAGCAUACUUCCUGAAAGUCGUCGAACAAACGAUCAGGAGUAUGAUGGCCGCAACCGCCUCGGACAUGGAGAAGGCGAGAGCAAGGGAGAAACAAAAACAUCGGUCUCGCGCAGCCGUGUCGCUAAUGGAGAAACCUUCUGUGCCAUCUGGACCCACUCCACAUGAAAUCCUGGUUUGGCUCCAUCGUGACGAACGCUGGGCAAGGGUCGGGGAGUGGACGGUGAGAGAGGCGCUCGAGUGGGGGAGGAGCGAAGGGAGGGUGUGGUGUGUCGGGCGCGAACGCUGGGAGGUUUGCGGAUGA